CUCCUCCUCCUCCUCCACCACCACCACCUCCUCUCCCCCCUCCUCCUCUGUCUCCUCCUGGCUGCGGGUGAACUUCUCGUCGACACGCCACUUCACUUCAGUUUGUUUUGGACUGGAUACGAGGACCAGCGCAGACAUGUCUCUCCUGCACGGACCGUUCGUCCUUCUCUUUCUUCACGUGAGCCUCCUCAGCAGCAGCGCCUGGGCCAAGGUGGCGCUGAAUAUGAAUGAGAGUGCUGAAGUGUACCUGGGCGACUCGGCUGAGAUUCCCUGCCACUACAGCUUCACGGACACCGACAAUGAGCCCAGCUUUGUCAUGAUUCAGUGGUUUGUGAAAGGUGUCGGUAGCUCCCGUACACGGAUCUACUAUUUUGACAACAGCCAGAACAUGGCGGACAGCAACACCGACUACAGCGGGCGCAUCAACGUGACUAAAACCCUGCAGGGAACUCUGCUCACCAUCCAGGACGUCCAGCUCUCGGAUGAGAGGGAAUUCUUCUGCCAGGUUAAUGGACUCGCUGCCGGGAGCGCCGAGGGCAAGACCCACCUCAAAGUGUUUGCCCCUCCGGAGUCUCCAGUGAUCGAGGGUGUCCUUACUGGAAUAUCUGUGACCAAAGACGUGCCGUCCAAGGUGGCAUCGUGCGAGGCAAAGAACGGCUUCCCUAAACCCAACAUCACCUGGUACAAAAACGGCAUGCCACUGGAGUCUACGCCAGGACACGUAAACGUGCUGAUUCUGACCUGGGAGUCCAAGGGCCUUUACUCUGUCCAGAGCACACUGGAGUACAAGGUGACCAAGGAGGACAAGGACUCCCACUUUUCCUGUGAGGUCAGCUUCUUCGUCCCCGGAGCGAUCAGAACCGUCGAGUCGAGCAGCAUCAACAUUACUGUCCACUACCCCACCACCAUGGUGGAGCUGUGGAAGGAGUCGCCCCAGGGCCUGGUCAAAGAGGGGGAUACUGUGGAGCUGCGUUGCCAGGGCGAUGGCAACCCCCCGCCGUCCUUCAUUUUCAGCAGAGAACAAGACGUGGACAAGGACCUGGACAGCAGCGGGGACACGUUGAUCUUGUCACCAGUGUCGCGGAAAGAGAGCGGCAUCUACCAGUGUCGCACUCGGGGCUCUGACAGAAACACCGACGUCAAAGGAGAAAUGCAGCUCACUGUUCACUAUUUGGACCCAGCUGUGGUCGUGCCAAAAGAAUCAGAGUUUAUGCUCAGAGGAGAGGAUCUGACCGCAAGCUGCAACGCUCUGUCCUCCCUGAAAACAUCCACCGUCUGGUACAAGAGUGGGAAGCAGGUUGGGAAGGGCAACACGUUACACCUGCAGGACGCCACUUUUGAAACAACAGGAGAGUACACCUGUGAAGUGACCGUUCCCUCGCUGCCCGCGCUGCACACCAGCGGCUCCGUUCACAUCAUCGUUCAAGGUAGUCCACAACUGGUGGGUGGUGUGGACCAGGAGGUGCAGAUGGAGGAGGCAACAGGACGGAUGGUGAACCUGACCUGUGAGGCUCAGGGUCAUCCACCACCCAGCAUCUCCUGGAGCGUCAUCGGCAGCCAGAACUGGUACGAGGUGGCGAGCAGAGCAAACGAGCACAUGACUCAGAGCGUGGUGUCGGUCAAAGUCACCUCGGACGUCAGCGUUCAGUGCAACGCUUCCAACGACAUGGGCACCGAGGUCAAGGCUUUCAGCAUCAAAGCCAUUCCCAGGGUCACCACAACGACUCCCUUCUCUCCUGCUGAAGGCAGUGGCGUGAUCAUCGUGGUGAUCAUACUGUGCCUGCUGCUGCUCGCCGUCCUCGGCAGCGUCCUCUACUUCCUCCACAAGAAGGGAAAGAUUCCCUGCGGACGCUCGGGGAAGCAGGAGAUUUCCAAAGAAAAGACGACCAAAGACGACAUCGUGGUAGAGAUGAAGGGCAGCACAAAGGCCGAGGACACUGUCCUCCUAAAGGCUGUCAACGGAGACCAAAAGGGCCCAAAUGACCAGUAAAGUCCCUGACUUCUCAGCAGUGACUCUGUGCAGCGGUGGCAGAGUUCAGGACACGUUGAAAUGACAGUUGAGUGUGUGUUGGAGCGCUGACGGUUCCACUGAUCUGAGAUCUGCAGGACGACACCGCAGACCUGGACAUUCUCCCGUCAUGUUUUGUUCAGUAUUCAGUAGAUUUACACACACACACACACACAGGUGUGUAUUUCCCUUGAAUGAACGUUUGAUUCCUCAACAUUCAGUUUGUUUUUUCCAUUUGUUUCCUCAAAAUGUUGGGCUGUUGUUCAGUGUGUUUGUGAUGACGCCUUUUCACGCAUCAUCCACUUUUAUUGUUGUUGCUCUUCUUUUUUUUUUUAUGAAGUGUAUAUAUUAUAUAUAUUUUGUUAUUUAAGAUAUUUUGGCACUCACAUUUUCAUUUUCAUGGUCGAGUCUGGGUCGCGUGCAUGUGGAUCCGCGUUCAUGAGACCAAAAUAAAACCACGCGCUGCUCCUCGGCAGCUGCUCUUCACUGUUGGUUCACCGUCCCACCGCGUGACUCUGCUCCACUUUCGACGAUGUUUGUAGAAAUUCAUGUUGAAAUUUGUCCGAAGAUUUAAAACAAAACCACCUGGACGUGCUAAAGUUUGAAAGUCACCGUCAUAAAAUCUCAAAACCGUCGAUCCGACACGAUGGCAAACCCUCUGUGAACUACUGUCAAGCCCUUGUACUGUUUGUAAAUACCUGUAGUGUACAGAUGUGUUAGUGGAGACCUCAGGCUGUUUCUGAAGUCAAGGAAGGUCAAAGGUUAGUGAUCUGCUGUGCCAGUUUUUGAGAACGCAUCAUACACUGAAAUGUUUUUGUUUCUUUGGUUUUUGCUCUGUGUGUUUUUCUUUGUGUUUCCACUGAGAGUUCGUGAGUCGGGCCUGGGGAAGAGUUUCAGUGUCGCGCAUGUUUGACAAGCUUCGUACUACAGAUAUUUGUCAGUAACGGCUACUGAUGACAAAAGUGUCGGUGCAGUUAAUGAAUCAACAGGCAGCUGGAAGUUUAUAAUUCAUCACAAGGAAUAUUAAGUUUUCUGUUUUUCUGCAGACUCUAACCUAAAACUGACUUAUUUUGUUUUUAAUCUCACUCAAAUUUACAUUUAAAAUUAGACUAUUUAUAAAAACUUGGACCCAAGAGAAGAGAUGGGUAGUAGUAGAUACUACUUUUUGAGAAAAAAAACAACAACAUGGUUUAAACACAACCAACCUUUGCUGCGUCAUAUUUUUCAUUUUCAUCCAAAUUUUUUUAGAAACAAGAAGAGAUAUUUUAUUUCUGUGGUUUAAAAAGGCACAAACUGAUUCUACGUUUAUCGUACAUAAGCUGAGACAUGCAUUAACACUGUUCUGCUUCCUCGGGCCCAUGUUGUGAAUAAGAUGUUCCGAAUGUUCACUGUGUAGGUCGUGAAAAGACGUUGACUUGUUAUUGUUUGUUGUUGUUGCUACUUUGCCCCGAUGACUUGCAGCAUUGUCAGAGUAGUGACACGUUUUCUCUGUUUUGUUUUAUCCACUGAGUCCAGUUGUUAGAUGAUGUUAAAGUAGAAAUAUCCAGGUACAGAACGUCCUCAGGCCAUUAAUAAAUAAAAAUAAAAAAAAGUCUGAUGCUGUGCUGCCAUUAUGGUUCAGAAAAUCUGCACAAAGCCAUAAGACUAGUUUUAUGGUCCUGGAUUUUUCACUAGUGGGAAAACAGCUUUGAAAGUGAACAUUGCCUGUCGCGUUCCUUUUUUUGUUUGGUUCUAAAUGUGUGUAAAUUAAGUACUGUACAUGUGAUCAUUUGAUGCUUGCAUCGUUUUUAUAUUUUUUGCAAAAAAAAUAAUGCCAAAUAAAAAUGUUCCAUUUCAAAAGA